GAAAUCUGAAGACUUUUAUAGCAAAUCCUCCAGUGUCAAAAUGAACACAGAUAGCGGUGGGUGUGCUCGCAAACGUGCUGCAAUGUCUGUCACAUUAACAGCUGUGAAGAGAGUUCAGAGUUCUCCAAACCUAUUGGCCUCAGGCUCUGAUUCUCAGUCUCCAGAUUCAGCUUGGAGAUCUUACAAUGAUGGAAGUAGAGAGACACUGAAUGGAGAUGCUAGCAGCUCAUCUCUUACAGCAAAAGGUUUUAGGAGCGUGCGGCCAAAUCUGCAGGAUAAAAAAUCACCAACUCAGGCACCUCUGCCACCCCCUAGAAAAGAAAGUUUUCGGAAAGCAAGAGUAACUAAUCACAAGAACGAAAUUAAUCUCGAGGCAGUAACAACCAGUCCAGCUAAACACCUUCCCACAGAUACUGCCUAUUACACUAACGAGAAGUCUGUCCAGAAGACAAUGUGUUCUCAAAUAUCUAACACAAGUGUGUCCUAUGCACAAAAAAUCAUUAAACCACUGACCUCAAUCUCCAGUGCAGGCACAAGCACAGUAGCUGGUAUUAGUACUACUCUCCAUCAAGGCCAAAGGCAACAGUCUCAGAAACGUAGGGUAUCGACCCUGAAAUUAACCCGGACACGUGACCCAGCGAGUAGCAUUCAUUGUAAUACACAGCAACAGCUCAAGCCUGUUGAAGUGCCAGUAUUUCCACAAAGGCCUGUCUCACCUGCCUGUAACCCUGUGCCUGAGGUACACACAGCAUCUCUUUCCAUUCAGAUAGCUCCCAUCCCUGACAAUAAAGCAGAGCCUGAAAUCCAAGAACAUCCACCUAGUAUUUCUCCAGACACUUCAAAGAUGUCUUCAAAGGAUUUGGGACAAAAGUCUACAGUUCUUCCUUCUUCACAGGCUGCAGAAUGCCAUGUGCUCGGAAACCAGAAAGUAACUGCCCCUGUGAUGGAGGUAAAUGCUUCACAGACACACAGACAAACAGCAACAGAAGCUUCUCCACUGCCUCUUCCUCCUCCUGUGGUACCAGUUAACAGAGCCUCUUUCUCACCAGACAGUGGCACCCAUCUAGUACCAUAUUCUUUGCCAACGCUUGAUGAUUUUUUGCCUUCACGCUUUUAUAAAACCCCAGCCCUUUCACAGUUUUCAUAUAAAUGCCCAUACCUAGCUUCUGAAGGUAUUAUCCACAGGAAUGAAACAGCCUCUGUAAGCACAGAUUCUGCCAUGAGUGAGUGCUCCUCCCGCACAGUGAGUGAGUCCUCCACAGCCAUUCUAGAUGAGCUGCAGACUUGUAGCUAUGAUACUACUGACUGCUCUGAAACACCUUCCCCAACCUUGAGCCAGAUGUCUGCUGUGUCAGAUGGCACCACGUUAACCAACACUGCUGCCACUUCUCAUGCUCAGAUCACAGUGAAUGGGAACUCUGGCACUGCUGCCAGCCCAGUGAGUCAUUUUCAAAGGCCUUUUUCCCCUUCUUCAGCUUACCCUCCACCAGCUUCACUCAAUUCCAACAUUGUUAUCAUGCAGCAUGGCAGGAUGAUGGAGUCCACAGAGACAUACUCACAGCAUGUUCAGACUGUUGGCAGCACCACCACCACCAGUACAAUACCAAUCUGUAGAUCCUCAGAAGAAGAAAAAAAAAUUACAGUCAUUAAAGCUCCACAUUAUGCAGGGAUUGGCCCGGUAGAUGAAUCUGGAAUCCCUACAGCAAUUAGAACGACAGUUGACAGGCCGAAGGAUUGGUACAAGACAAUGUUCAAGCAAAUCCAUAUGGUUCAUAAGCCUGAUGACGACACAGACAUGUAUAAUACUGCAUAUGCAUACAGUACUGGUAGCUACAGUCCAUCCUUCUCUGCUCAAGCACACCCAGCUGCAAAGACGCAGACGUACAGACCAUUGUCUAAAAGUGCUUCUGACAGUAGCUCCGAUGCCUUUAAGGUCUCAUCCCCUUUACCACCUCCACAUGUGCCACCUCCAGUACCACCACAUCGUCUGAGGGAAAGGUCUACACCAGAAAAAAAUGACUGGGAUCCCCCUGACAGAAAGGUCGAUACCCGCAAGUUCCGUUCUGAACCAAGAAGUAUUUUUGAAUAUGAGCCAGGAAAGUCAUCAAUCCUUGAACAUGAAAGACCGACUGAUCGCAUAAACCCAGAUGACAUAGAUUUAGAAAACGAACCCUGGUAUAAAUUCUUUUCAGAACUGGAGUUUGGACGCCCGCCACCUAAAAAGCUUUUGGACUAUGUUCAAGACAGUUCUUCUGGUGUUUCCAAUGAGACCUCCUUAUAUCAUCACUAUUCAACAGACAAAGGCCUGGACAGGCCCUCUAGUUCUGCAAGUACUGCAAGUGACUACAGAAAAAGAAGGAAGUCGGAACCUGCUGUAAGUCAUCAGAGGGUGCUCAGUGAUCAGAAUGCAAACAGGCCUAGCCUGGGCCGUACAGAUAUGCAAGGCCCAUAUACCACCCUUAGAAAGCCUUUAACUAGCUCGUCUCCUUCUUCUCCAUCAAGAGCAAAAGGUGGGGAUAUUAGCAAAGUAUAUCCAUCCCUUUUAAGUUAUUCAGUGCACAACCACAACACCUCAAAUGAAUUAGAUUACUGUAGCACUUACAGACAACAUUUAGCUGUUCCAAAUGAUUCAAGAAGGGCAAUCAGCUAUAAGAAUGGCUGGCAAAUGACUCGUCAAAAUGCAGAAGUCUGGAGCAGCACAGAAGAAACUGCUUCUCCAAAGAGAAAAUCUCGUAGCUGUGAUGAUCUGUUAACAGAUGAUCGCGAUAGCUUUCCCGAUGCACAGGCCAAGUCUGAAAGCAUGGGCUCUCUGUUAUGUGAGGAGGACUCUAAAGAAGUUUGCUCAAUGAACUGGGCCUCCCCAUACGUUGAGGGCCGUGGCAGUAGUAGGUCAAGAGUUCGUCACAGAUCUGCACAUGAUGCCCCGGGUUUCCUAAAAAUGUACAAAAAGAUGCACCGCAUCAAUCGCAAGGACUUGAUGAAUUCUGAGGUGAUUUGUUCUGUGAAGUCCAGAAUACUGCAGUAUGAAAAAGAACAGCACAAAGGUAUUCUUCAAGGCUGGAGAGAGUCUUCUACUGAAGAGGUGCCCAGAGACAUGGUGCCAACCAGAAUAUCGGAAUUUGAAAAGUUAAUUCAGAAGUCAAAAUCAAUGCCGAACCUAGGUGAUGAAAUGUUGUCAGCUGUUACGCUAGAGCCUCCUAAAAAUGGCUUAUGUCCAAAGAGGCGAUUUUCUAUCGAAUCAUUGCUGGAAGAAGAAAAUCAAGGCAGACAUCCCUCUCAGGUACAACGGAGCUACAAGUCUAAAACCCUGGUGCCAAUUCAUAUUGAAGUGACCAGUGAUGAGCCACAACGAUCGCAUAUGGAUUUUUCAGACAGUGAUCAAGAUGGAGUGGUUUCUGACCUCAGUGACUUUAUCCAGAUAGAGGGUUCAUCCUUUUGUAGUGAAAGUGACUUUGACCACUUUUCCUUCACGUCAUCUGAAAGCUUUUAUGGAUCAGGCCAUCACCACCACCACCACCACCACCACCACCGGCAUCUCAUCAGCUCCUGCAAAGGGCGAUGCCCAGCAUCCUACACCCGCUUCACCACCAUGCUAAAACAUGAAAGGGCUAAACAAGAAACCACUGAAGAUCCAAGGAGACAGGAAGCAGAAUCUGGCCUCUCUAAGAUAGCAUUUCUAGUCAGUCCAGUGCCUUUCCGGAGGAAAAAAAGUGCAGCUCCUAAAAAACAAACUGAAAAGAAAAAAUGCAAGUCAUCUGUAUUUGAAGCACUAGAUUCUGCACUUAAAGACAUCUGUGACCAAAUUAAAGCUGAAAAAAGACGGGGAAGCUUGCCUGACAACAGUAUAUUACACAGACUUAUUACUGAGCUGCUUCCAGACAUUCCAGAAAGGAAUUCAUCUCUUAAAGCUCUGAAAAGGAGUACCAUGCACCAGCCUUUUCAUCCACUGCCUCAAGAUGGUGCUAUCCAUUGCCCACUGUACCAGAAUGAUUGUGGAAGAUUACCUCUUAGUGCCUCUUUUCCAGACAUGGACGCAACUAACAACAAUGAUAGCGCACUGUGUUUCCAAGACCAGGAGUCUCCUGGAAGCUAUUCUUCUGCUUUCACUGAUGUGGGACGAUGUACUCCAAGGGAGAGAAGAGGAACUACAGACAAAGAGAAACUGCCAGCUAGAGCUGUAUAUGACUUUAAAGCUCAGACUUCGAAAGAGCUGUCCUUUAAGAAAGGAGAUACUGUCUAUAUCCUCAGGAAAAUUGAUCAAAACUGGUAUGAGGGUGAGCACCAUGGAAGAGUUGGAAUAUUCCCGAUUUCUUAUGUCGAGAAACUUUCUCCCCCAGAAAAAGCACAGCCUGCCAGGCCACCUCCCCCUGCACAGAUUGGAGAGAUUGGAGAAGCUAUUGCCAAAUAUAAUUUCAGUGCAGACACAAAUGUGGAGUUAUCGCUUAGAAAGGGAGACAGAGUAAUUCUUCUUAAGCGAGUUGAUCAAAACUGGUAUGAAGGUAAAAUACCAGGAACCAACAGACAAGGCAUCUUCCCUGUUUCCUAUGUAGAAGUCAUCAAAAAGAAUGCAUCAAAAAGUGUUGAUGACUACCCUGAUCCUCCAAUACCCCAAAGUUAUUCUAGUGACAGAAUACACCAUUUAAGUUCAACAAAGUUGCCUCCCCAAGCACUGUCCCCACUUUCCAGACACCUUUCCUCCUCUUGGUCACACAUUGAUCAAAAGAUUCUCCAGGCUGCCACUAGUGACUGGUUUUCAAGGACUGUUGGUUUUUCACCUUCAAGCGUGUGCAUCUCACCUCCUCCACCGUUUCCAGACAGUUUUCUUUGUGACUUAGAAGAACUCAAUUCUUUGGCAUUAACAGUACCCCAAUCUGUAGCAAUCUCCCCAGGUAACAGCAUUCACCAAGUUAAGGAUGAUCACUUUAUUCCAAAUACAGAGGUCUCUCUCAGCUCUCCUACAGCUCUUCCUUUGUCCUUUCUUCUGUCUACCUCUGUCUCAUCUUCAGCCAGCUCAUCUCAUGACAUAGCAUGUAAGCAUACCAGCAACAAUACCAAACCAGGAAAAGAUAAAGACUUGAGAGGUAUACUUGACUCUCCAGUUAUCGAAGUACCUGGAGACUUGUCAGAUACUACAAGAGAAGUUGAACAUGUUGGCACUAUCUGUAACAUCCCUUCGCCACAUGAAGGUGGUUCCGUCUCCAGAGCGCUAGCCGCACCUGCUGAAAAUGAAGAGGAAAUCUGUACUGCAGAUCUGUCAGUUAAUACAGGGGAUCAGUCAAAGCCUCAAGAACCAGAUUUCUACAGAGGAGCACAAGACACAACAGAAGAACUGACAAGACUCUAUAUAGAGGAGGAUCUGGGACAAGACAAUUUAGAAUUCCCAGUAGCAAGUGGAGGAGACUCCAUGGUAUGUUAUGAAGGAUACACUUCACCGAAUAUUGAUAAGCCAGCUCUACUUUCCGUGGGAACAUCAGGAGAGUCCGAUCCUCCUUUCCACCUUUCUUCUAAUCUUCCAUUUCACUCUGCCAAGGCACCAACUUCUCCCUCUGUUCCUACAACAUCCCCGUCUACUGCUUCCCUCUCACCCCCUUUCCUUUCUAAACCCUUACAUCAGCAGGAGAAAGACUCACCAAAGUUAAAGGCUAAUUUAAAGAGAGAGAUAUUUGUUAUGGGUAAACCUCCUCGUAGCCCAGUGAUGACUAAGAGAUCCUGCAGCUCACCUGUCAGAGGUCACAGCUAUUCACACAGGCCACAGCGCCCUGUGCUUGCUCAUGAAAACAUACACAGUGGGGGGGAACCGUUUCAGGCUCUAUAUAACUAUACUCCUAGGAACGAAGAUGAAUUGGAGCUCAAAGAGGGAGAUGUCAUUGAUGUGAUGGAAAAAUGUGAUGAUGGAUGGUUUGUGGGAACCUCGAGAAGAACCAAAUUCUUUGGUACUUUCCCUGGAAACUAUGUCAAGAGGCUGUGAAUUUUUUUUUCUACUUAUUUAUGCUGCAUCUCUGCAACACAUCUGCAUAAAGCUGCUAGAAAACAUGCUACGCUGGCCUUCUGUUUUCUUGCUUGCAGUCUCAGAUAGAGGCCAUCUAGUUCAUCCUCAUCCCAUCCCACCCGCCAAACCGUUCCAGCAGUAUUACAGCAACGACCACGGUGUGAAUAACUAAGCUUUUCUGAAACAAGAGGAAUCAUUUCAACAUUUAAAUACUCCCUGCUUUAAAGUCUUUUCAUUUGAAACACAAUAGGAAAAGCCUGAUGACAGGUACACAGAUGAAUUGCCAUGGGAGGGUGGGAAACUGUUCUUGGUUUGGACAUUUGUGGUACUAUCAUGAAGUCUGAUGGGAUUUUUUCAGCAUGCAUGUAAUACAGGGGGAAGUUGCUGUUUACUAUAUUUUAAAAAAUUUUUUGAGUUUCCACAUUCUUAUUAGCUUGGCAGCAUUUGUUGCUUUCACUUUGCCGUAUCACAGGUUUGCCUAUUGUACUGGUUUACAAUGUAUGACAAAUUAUAAUAUAAAUUUUUUGCCUGCACUUGUAUGUUGUAACAUAUGCACAGUGAUUGUAAAAUCUCCAGCAAGCGCAGUGAAAAAUGGAAGAACUGCAAGUGUUCUGAACGGGUGCAAUGGUAUUGGCUAAACCUUUUUUUCUUUUUUCCCUAAUAAAGCUGUAGUGUUUUCUGUUAAAAGGCAAGAAAUGCACAAGGCAUAAAACCUCGGGAAAGAGGAUUUAAUGAAGAGACAGACAAUGAUAUAAGCAUAGACAAUAAUAACCUGCUACUGAUGUCUGACAUUAAAUGAUUGUAAUCAAAAUGUUGUAAUAGUAAGCAACAUGAAAUUUGAGAGAUUAGUGUUUUUAUGUAUCAGGAAAUCUUAAGAAGCAGGAAGUAAACAGUGUUAGUGCAAACGGUUGUUGGUUUGGGUUUUUUUUUUUUCCUAACAUAGCCACCUGAAAAAUAUUCACAAAAGUAUCAUGUACUGAUUUACUUCACUAUAUAUAUAUACGUAUGUUAACGAAACCUGAGUUACACAUUCUUUUUAGGAAUUUAGUACAGGGAAAAAAAAGUCACAAGUAUUAAAACUGAUACAUUUUAGAGGUGGGUUUUUCUUUUUUUCCAGGAUGAAACAAGUAUUUGAAAACAUACAUUUUCCAUAAGCAAAGGUAAGCAUAAAUAGCAAAUGAAAUUAAGGCACAGGAUGAUAAUGACUAUGGCUUUAUAAAAAAUAAAAAUUCAGAUUUGGUUUCUUCAGCACCUUAUAGAUGGCAAAAGCUUCUACUGCAUUUCUCGUGGGUAAAGGAUUGAAAUUAUCAAAAUGUAUGUAGUCUCUGUAGCAUUUUGUACAUAUGUUUGCUUUUUUGUACAGAGCCAUUUGGUUGUUGAUUUUAAAAAAAAUUAAGUUCCUUAUUUGAUCUUUGCCCUCUUCACAUACAGAACACUUCACUGCAUUUUUCUUUUCUUGCUCUAUUUACCAUAAGCACAUCUGGAUAGUGCAAUUCUGUAAGAUAGCAUUUUAUGCAAAAUUUUAUUAAUUAAAAUAUGGUUUACCAGCCAAAUCUAAAUGUACAUAUGUCUUUAUUACUGAGAAAUGUCAUUAAGACAAAGGUAAAGAAACAUCUUUGUGCAGCAUACCUUUAUUAUUGCAGAUUUCAUGGCAAAAGCUUUAUAUUCAAAGGCUUUCAAUUUUAAACUAGAUCUGCAUGCAGCUUUGCUGUGAGAUUAAUACCUAUCUUUGAUGCCAUUUAUGAUUGAAGACUUAAAUAUCUGUUGCCUGUGAUAUUUAAAAAGUACUGUUUCUACUCUGUAUCUGAUUUUAGAAAAAUACAGGUUUUUCAUACCUGGCUUUCAGGUAACUGACUUUGAAUUCCUACAAGCAAAAGGUCUCUGUGGUUUUUUUUCUUGAAUAGACUUCUAAUAAAUUUUGCUUGGAGUACA